GACCAUGCUGAAAAUAUCGCAAGGCGAGGAGGAUGCGGAUGCGAUCAUUUCGGUGGGUAUCGUUCGCUCGCUAGUGUACCCUUGGGAUCACCGUUUUUAAUAGCAAAAUUAUUGAUGACACACACCGCACCGACCACCUAAAGAGCAUGGCUCUGGCCUCACUCCGGUCGUUGACGAUGCCCUGCGCCAGUGUCCGUACCAUCCCCACCAUCACCCUCGUCACCUAUCCUCUCACCCAAAACACCCCCCGCUGAGACCCAGCCGACCGAGUCAGAGCUAACGUCCACCAUGCUGUCAGGAAGCUACAGUCGCUCCACGGUGGACUCACCCGCCAUGCCCUCUGCCUCCACCAGGGCGAGAACUACCAGUGUGGACAGUGUGUCCAGUAGGGAGAGUGGAGCCCGUGUGAGCAGCAGUGUGAGCGUGCCCACGAUGUGUGGAGUCCCCAGUGGUACAGUGGUUCUGGAGGCACAGUAUGACUAUCAGUACCGUGGGGCAGACGGACGACCGGUCUGCAUCCGAGAGGGGGAGCGGUUUCUUCUCCUGAGGAAGACUAACACUGACUGGUGGCAGGUGCGGAGGAUCGGGGCAGCCAGUAAAGCCAAUCCACUGUAUGUCCCAGCUACAUACGUAGUGGAGGUACCCAUCACUCCUCUGUCAUCAGCACCACAACAACAAAAUGCCAACAACAACAUGUGUAACCAUGCCAACAUGAGACUGCAGCUACAGUCAUCUCUCUCUCUCUGCUCUAACAGCCAGUACUCAGUGCUCAAAACCUUCUGUCGGUCAAUGGAGGACCUCAACUCUCACAGUGCCUUCAGGGGAGUCAACAGCCACAGCCCUACCCCCAGUCUGGAAGGAGGAGGGUGUCACUUCCCCACCAUGCCCCUCCCUGCCCUCCCCUCAUACACCGCUAGCUCCUCCUCAGGACAUCUGCUGGUCCCUGGGGCCCCCCAGACCUCCAUUGGCCUCUCGGGCCCCAUCCCCCGCACUAAAAGCUUCAACAACCUGCCCCACAACCCUUACGAGGAGAUCGAAGUGGCGGAGAUGGGGGUCGUGAUGGGACUGAGUGGACGGAGCACACCCAUCGGGGGUGUUGCCAAGUCCCUUAGCCAAUGGGACAUGGCCGAGGCCACCUGCAGAAACAGCCGUCUGCAGGUGUCUCCCCAGUCCUACAUUUCCCAGCAGCAGUCUCUCCUGGAGUCUACACUAUACUCCUCCAUCCACCAGGUGAAGAGGCGGAGCCAAGUGGAGCCCCCCAGCCCCGCCCCCGGCCAGCGACCCAUGCAGGUGCUGGACCUCUGGGAGCAGUAUUCGGACCCCUCCACGGGGCGAUGCUUCUAUGUCAACACCGUUACCAAGGAGAGGUCCUGGAAACCACCCCGCAGAGCCCGUGAAUGGGCUCGUCCAAUGCAACCACAGACAAUCCCCAGGGACGCCAACCACCUGUCUCUCCCAAUCCCAGGCACAGAGAAUGGUAACAUGAACAGGCUCUCUUCAGACUUCCUGUACGGUGGGCAGAUUGCUGACAGUGGCCGGGAGUUGGGUCAGAGCAUGCAGAGAGCAGUUUCCUCCAACACCAUCAGCACCACAGCUUUCAGAACAGGAGAGUCUCAGGGGGUUGUCCAACGACGUCAUUCUGCCCUACUGCAUCAUGGGACGGAGCAGCUCAGCCACUCACGAACCAUAAUACUGCCCAAGAACGGCAAGCUGGGCCAGCAGGGCAGAGACUGUUCCUACCCUGGGACCAGUGUUGUGGUGGUGGAGCCUCCUUCUCCAGCCACCUCUCCUGACAGCAAUGACAGCUCCACACCGGAGCUGGAAAAGGCAGGUCUGCUGAACAAGACUAAGAUAGCAGAGGGAGGCCGGAAACUGAGGAAGAACUGGAAUCCGUCGUGGGUGGUUCUGGUCGGGAACAGUCUGGUGUUCUUCAAGGAUCCCAAAUCCCAGACCCCCUCCAGCUGGAAACCAGGCAACAGUUGUCCGGAGAGCAGUGUAGACCUGAGAGGAGCUGUGGUGCAGUGGACCAAUGACCUGUCCAGCAAGAAGAACGUCUUCAAGCUGAGGACGGUGACAGGGAAUGAGUUCCUACUGCAGUCAGAGACAGGCUCACUGAUCAGAGAGUGGUUCAAUACGAUCCACAGUGUCAUCGAUAGACUGGAUCGGGAGAAUCCCCUGGACAAUGUUCUGCUGUACUCUCUGAGGAGGGCGGGCAGUGUGGAGAUGUUGGACCACAGUGGAGACGAGGAGGACAGUCGAGGAGGAUAUAAGGCGUCACUCCCUCGUUCUGCUUCCAAUGUGGAGAACUCAGAGAGGAAGCGUGUUCGGAGCAGACUGAAAAAGUUCAUCCUCAAGAGACCUCCACUACAGAUCCUACAAGAGAAAGGACUCAUCAAGGACCAGGUGUUUGGCUGUCAUCUGGAGAUGCUGUGUGAGAGAGAGAAGAACAACGUGCCUCGUUUCGUCAGGCUCUGCACUGAGGCUGUGGAGAGGAGAGGUCUGGAGACAGACGGUAUCUACAGAGUGAGUGGGAACCUGGCGGUCAUCCAGAAACUACGCUUCCUAGUCAACCAUGAGCGAGCGGUGACUACAGACGGACGUUAUAUGUUCCCUGCGGAGUUGGUACAAGAGAGGUUGAACCUGGAACAGAGUGAGUGGGAGGACAUCCAUGUCAUCACGGGAGCCCUGAAGCUGUUCUUCAGAGAGCUUCCUGAACCCCUGGUUCCUUACGGCUUCUUCACAGACAUCUUAGAGACCGUCAAGAUGUCAGACUACCUGGAUAAAGUGGACCGUCUGAAGUGUCUGGUACUGAGCAUGCCUCCUCCCAACCAAGACACCAUGAGGUUCAUGUUCAGCCAUCUCAAACGGGUGAUGGAACAUUCUGACUCUAACCGGAUGUCGACCCAGAACAUCGGCAUAGUGUUCGGUCCCACCCUGAUGCGUCCGGAGAGGGACAAUGUUAACAUGGCCAUCAACAUGGUCUACCAGAACCAGGCCGUGGAGCUCAUUCUCAAUGAGUUUGACCGUAUCUUCAGACCCAGCAACUUUACAUCCCUCUGACAUCCAUUCAGCCCAGGAAACCUAGAACCUAGAACCCACCCAGCCCCAAGGACCCAGUCAGCCCAGGAAACCUAGAACCUAGAACCCACCCAGCCCCAAGGACCCAGGCAGCCCAGGAAACCGAACCUAGAACCCACCCAGCCCCAAGGACCCAGUCUAGAGCCCAUCCAGCCCCAUCCCAACCAGCCCCAAGGACCCAGUCUAGAGCCCAUCCAGCCCCAUCCCAACCAGCCCCAAGGACCCAGUCUAGAACCCACCCAGCCCUAAGGACCCAGUCUAGAACCCACCCAGCCCCAAGGACCCAGUCUAGAACCCAUCAAGCCCCAAGGACCCAGUCUAGAGCCCAUCCAGCCUCAAGGACCCAGUCUAGAGCCCAUCCAGCCCCAUCCCAACCAGCCCCAAGGACC